AUGAGACUGUAUCAACUGCAGCAGAAAGAAAAGAGAAAGAGUAUCACUGAGCUGGAGCAGCUUUCACACACAGACGAUCACAUACAUUUCCUCCAGAGUCUUCAGUCUCUCUCAGCUCCUCCUGAAUCUACAGAAAACAUCUCUGUCAGUUUCCUCUUUUCUUUUGAUGGUGUGAGAGAAUCUGUUGGUCAGCUGAGACACAAACUGGAGGAUUUCUGCAAAGAGGAGAUGAAAAAGAUAUCUGACACUCUCAGUAACAUUGUUCCUAGGACCAGAGAGGACUUCCUACAAUAUUCCCAUCAGUUCACUCUGGAUCCAAACACUGCACAUAAACUCCUCCGUCUGUCUGAAGGGAACAGAGCGGUGACUUACACUUCCUCUGCAGGAGAAUAG